AAAAGUGAACUGAAAAAAAACAAUAUGAUAGCUUUGCUGAUAUUUGCCUUUCUGACGCUGUCGCAGGCAGUGGAGCUUGAAAAGCCGGAGCAAAAGGUGUCGGAACCUGUCGAGCUGCCCUUGCACGUGGUGAACCUGAUAAACAAUCACAUCAAUCAAGUGUUGGAGCAGAAGAAACCCGGUCAGACCACAACCCUAACUGGCCACGUGCCACAGGUUGCAGCUGCCAAUGGAAAAGGGAAUGCGAAUGAAAACGGAGGAAAAGCUGCCGUGCCGCACUUGGAUUUGCUGCCACCACAUGUUGGGCAGCCGGUGGUGACGCAGGUGAUAAAUCAUCAGGCCACAGCCACAUUGCAACAAGCAGCUCCUGCUGCGGGACACAAUAAAGUGCUGCCGCAGGUUGUGGUCUCGGUGCCCGGCAAAGCGCCGGUAGACAUUAGCGACAAGGUCAAUAAGAUUCACCAGCAAGUCGUCCACGUGAUGCACCAGGCGCAGACGCAAAUACCCCUAGUCAUCAAUCAAGCGAUCAAAGAGCGCGAGAAGCAGCAGCAGAAUCAACAAAAGCCGAAGCCAAGAAGCAGCCUCACCAGUUCCACAACGGCUACCGGUAAACCAGAUCAUAAAACAGCCCGCCUGCUGUCAUCUAAUGAGCCGGUGCCCGUGCUGGUCGAGGGGCAACGCGAGCUGCAGCAGCUGGGCAAGUGCAACUUCCAGUGUCCGCAGCAGGCGCUGCCCGUUUGUGCCACCAACGGAAAUUGCAUUGUCGAGUUCGCUGGGCAAUGCGAGCUGAGUGAAUGGAACUGCUUCAAUACCAAGAAUGUCUUCCGUCAAGUGCAAGAUGAUGAGUGCAAGAAUACCGUCAAGUGCUACGAUCGUGAUAUGAUGUAAGCAGCAAUAACCACAUCAGCAGAGCGAAUCUAGAACUAGUUUUGCGAUUGCGAUUAAGGAAAAUAACAAUAAUAAAUGUAACGUAAUAUAAACAAAUAACAGUAAUUACAGAGGUGGCUAUUCUCUUUUAACACACAA